CUCCUCCUCUCCUCUCUUAGUGCUGGUAGCCUACUAUAUUUAAACAGCUGUCUUAGAGCAGAGACGGGAUUCAAGGCUUGUAGUUUGGUUUCCUUUCCUGACUGUACAGGCAUUUUCAUAAAGAUCCCAAUUCUUCUCAUCGGACCUGCUGCUAAAGGUAGACUCCAGCACCUAAAUGCUUCCAGACGGGAAGAUGUAUGCAUUAUUGACCAGACCCCAAAAUAAGAGUGGGUUCAAGCCACUGCCUGUUGUGAUCAUAGGGAAUGGACCUUCAGGAAUCUGUCUCUCGUAUUUGCUGUCAGGCAACAUCCCUUACUUCAAAAGAGACUGUCUUCAUCCUCAUCCCAUUCUCCAGAGGAAGCUGCAAGAGGCACCAGAUGUCUCCAUUUUGGACCAGGAUUUGGAGUAUUUGUCUGAAGGCUUGGAGGGACGAUCCCACAGCCCUGUGGCUCUUCUGUUUGAUGCUCUUCAGCGUCCAGACACAGACUUUGGUGGAACAGCAGAAUCUGUCCUCACUUGGUGGCACGAGACCAACAGAGCCAUCCCCCAUCUGGUCCUUGGCAGAAACGCUCCUGGAGGUGCCUGGCAUUCUAUCGAGGGCUCUAUGGUUACGCUGAGCAGAGGGGAAUGGAUGGGACUCCCAGAUCUCCCGUUCAAAGACUGGCUAAAGCAAAAAAGGAGAGGCCUCAGAAACAAUAGAGCCACAGCAGAAGACAUUGCUCAAUAUUACCAACACUAUGUGAUGAAGAAAGGACUGCAGAAGAAUUUCAGAUGCGGUACUGUUGUGGUCUCUGUGAGGAAAGUGAGCGCAGAGAGCAUCUCCAACAGCGCACAGAAAGAUCUGCAGGAGAAUAGUGACUCAUUCGGGAAUUUCAAUGAGAAGAGUGCAGAGGUUUUUCAGGUGGAUGGAUUUUUCAGAACUGUGAAAGGUGAUAAAGAGCCCUUCUCCAUCUAUGCAGAGAAUGUGGUCUUAGCUACAGGAACAUAUGAUAGUCCUACUUGGCUUGGGGUCAAGGGAGAGAACCUUUCCUAUGUCCAUCACCAGCUGUCUGCCCUAGAGGAAGCAGUGAAGAACAACAACAUUGGCAUCAUGUCAGAUCCAGUCUUGAUUGUAGGUGCUGGUCUGACAGCUGCUGAUGCGAUUCUCUUUGCUCACCAUUGCAAUAUUCCAGUAAUCCAUGUUUUUCGGAGGAGAGUCGGUGAUCCAGGUCUUAUUUUUAACCAGCUCCCCAAAAUUAUGUACCCCGAAUACCACAAAGUCCAUCAGAUGAUGAAAGAACAGUCAGCUGCGUGUGCUGGGCCCUAUGAGUGUUAUGUUAGCCUUCCUGAACAUCACGUGCUAUCCUUCAGCAAGGACAAGAAAUGUAUCUGUCAGGACAAGAAUGGCUGCCAGAAAGUUUAUAAAAUUUCCAUGGCUCUUGUUCUGACUGGCUCAAACCCCAACCUCUCCUUUCUGCCAAAUAAUGGCAUGGACUUGGCAAUGGACAGUGACCAACCAGUCAAUCCAAAGAGGAACCCCAUAGAUGUUGACCCAUUCACCUAUGAGUGCACUCAGGAGAAAGGGCUUUAUGCUUUAGGACCCCUAGCUGGAGAUAACUUUGUACGCUUUGUACAGGGAGGGGCUCUGGCCGUUGCCAGCUCUCUGUUAAAGAAAGCAAACAAAAAUCCCCCCUAACAAAAAAAAAUAUCCUUGUGCUAACUGUCUGAAUGGGUUCCUGCUGGUUUCUUAGAGAAGCAAGUCAUCUGAUACGUAAUCCUCCAAUGUAAAGCCCACUCCUGGUAUUCUCCAAGGUUAUGCAAAGAGUUACUAAGUUCUUACUGAGUUAUUUGAGAAAAUCAAGUCACCAAAUACAGAGUGGGUUUCACACACAGCAGUACCUUCGGUCCCUGGGGUACAGCUCCUUUCCUGCGUGGCUGUGCAUGAAGGCUGCAGGGGCUUUGACUUUCAUGCCUGGAAGAGUAGGGGCAAGGUAGGAUUGCCCGUCUAUGUAACACCUCCCAGGUUGCUGGAAAUUGAAUUGGGGAACGAUUAAUGUUAAUUGUUUUCAGACAGCAGGCGGACAACCCUGUGUCUGUCAGCGUCUUACAGUGUUUUUUCAUGAAACAAAGUAAACCAACGUGGUUUUAUUUGCUCCAGUGGCUUGGCUGUAUGUUCUUAGUAGGCCAGAAAUUACUGAAAGAUGCUGCAGGUACCUCUCUGGCACAUGAAGUGGUACUCUGCAAAUCAAAACUGACAUAGAAACAGUCAACACUGACACCAGCAACAACUAAUAUGUGGUAUCUUUUUUAUCAAGAGAUUCCUGUGAUGUUUUUUUCUCCUUCUUCAGAAGGAAUGAUACUGAUCUACAAACACUUGGCUUGCCACCCUGCAGCUUUCUACUUUCCAAAUCUUAAAACUGCAAUAACCAAAUUCUUGGCAGCUCCUGUAGAGACAGCAGAACUAAAGGGGAGCUACUGGUCUGUCUUGUAACUGCCCAGGUACUGUAUGGGGGGGCUUCUGCUGCACAGAAUUUUUCAGAAAGAUGCAAUAUAUUGUGUAAAUGUCUAAUGUAAUGUGAUUUUUCUAAAAAGAAUAAAAUAGAAUAAAAUUCUGUUUGUGUAAAGGGGAAAUUGGCACAGUCACUUUUUGAUGGUUUUAUGCUAUAUAUAGCAAUUUUUUUAAUGCUAGUUUUCUAAAAGUUUUUUAUUUGCAAGAUAUUUUGUUACAGGCUUUCAGUCAGUGUUUUGGCUGAGCUGGGGUGGGUGGGAAUGACGCCUUACAUUGCGAACAGCAUUCUCAACAGACCUACAGGACCUUUCAUACCUCUCACAGGAUUUUUCUCACAGGAAAAAUCAGUCCUAGCUAAUCUUACUUGAUGUAAAGACAGACUCUGCUCCCUGUGCUGCACUGAAACACACUGACAUGACAUGUCAUGACACGACAGGGUGCUGCAGAUGUCUCUGGAAAGCUCAGUAUGUGGAGACAGUGGACCAGCCUCAGGUUGAGGUGUGUGAGGAGCUUGUCUGUGGUGUUGCUGUAUCACACCUGAAUAUUUUUACCACUUACUAUUCUUGUAUGAAAUUUUUCAAUAAAGUGAUUUCAGACU